CGACAUUGAAGAACGCAAUACGGUGAGUUCCUCGUGAGGUCUUAAGGGGCCAUUAAGACUUGCUUGCUGGAAGAGCACGAAACGCAGCUUCGGUGACUAUCGGAGAGUUUGAAAAAACCGGGCUUUCGGAGAUUUGUCAUCAAUGCCCGCAGCUGGCUCCUAAUGAUGCGAUUGAGUAGCACACACUGCUCCGUAUAGCGAGUACGCUCGAUUGACAGAACCCACUUCUAAAAAAUGACCAAUUUCAACAUCAAGAUCGUCUCCGACGCGAUCUGUCCUUGGUGCUACGUUGGAAAGAAACGUCUAGAGCGCGCCAUCGAAUUGUACAAAAGAGACGUACCCGGCGGCGCCAAUGACUCCUUCAACAUCAGCUGGCAUCCCUUCUACCUGGACCCAACCCUUCCAAAGAGUGGUGUCGACUUCAACGACCACCUCGCCGGGAAGUACGGGCCUGAGCGAGCAGCGAUGAUAAAAGCACACCUCAGGGCGGUGGGCGAGGCCGAGGGAAUCAAAUUCUCGCUGCAGGGCAGAGUCGGCAACACCCGUGACGCCCACCGGCUCAUUCAGCUAGCCAAGACCAAGUCGGGCGAUGUCCAGGACCGAGUCAUUUCGACCCUCUUCCAGAGCCACUUCGAGGAGGACGCCGAUAUCACGUCCCAAAGCGUGCUGGUCGCGGUCGGCGAGAAGGCCGGGCUUGACAAGAACGAGGUCCGGGACUGGCUGAACCAGGGGAAGGGCGGCGAGGAAGUGGACCGCGAAGUGGAGGACGCCUAUCGGAAAGGCAUACAUGGUGUCCCCAACUUCACCAUCAACGGCCGCUAUGAACUGAACGGCGCUCAGGAUCCGCAGAAGUUCCUUGAGGUGUUUGCCCGGGCCAAGAAGUCCUCUCCGGAUGUCAGCAUCGAGUCAUCCAAAGGGCCGAGCUGCUAGCGAGAUCAAAUAGAAACUGACUGACCUUUCUUCUC